AUGUAUUAUUGUUCAAUUAAAUUAUCAUGCGCUUUAUUUUGUUUCCUUGUGGUUACUCUUCUUAAAACAAAUUAUGUUUUGUCAAAAGGAAUAACAUAUAAAAAAAAUUUAAAGUGGUACCCCCAAAUAAUUAAUCAUUAUUAUAUAAACAAUGUAGUUUUCUCAUACAACAAAAGAAGGAUCGCCACAUUCUUGGUGUGUUCUAGUUAUAAUGAAAAAAAGAAAAGGAAAAGAAAUUAUGAAUAUAAUAUUAAGAGUGAGUUAAAUGUUCAAGGGGUUAAUACAGCACAAAUAGAGGAAGACAAAAAAGGGGAAGUGGUCAACAACAAUAUAAAUGACAACAAUAUAUAUGACAACAAUAUAAAUGACAACAAUAUAAAUAACAAUGAUUGUAACAACAAAGGGCAUAAUAUCCAAUCCUUUGAUGAUAAGAAUCAGUUGAUUAGUCGAACCUUUGAAGGCAUAAAUAUAUUUCCUAUAAAACAAAAUGAAAAAGAAGAAGAUUAUUUAAAAACAAAAUUACCAGCUAGAGAAUUCAAACCUAAAAGAAGCUUAGGACAAAAUUAUUUAAAAGAUACAAAUAUUAUAAAGAAAAUGAUUAGUGCUAUAGAAUUGAAUGUCGAUCAUCAAGAUUUUCAAAAUAAGAAAAGGAUGGUAGUAAGGAAACAGGAAGACAAAAAGACCAAGAAAAAAAAAAAUAAAAAAUAUAAAAAAAGUGGAAAUGUAAAACACUCUGAUGAAAUGGAAGAAAAGCAGGAUAUAGACAAUAAUGUAUUGAAUAAACAAAAUAUUCAUGAUCAACCAAAUCGUUGUGAUGUAUAUUAUAAGGAGGAACCACAAAAUAACCGUAUUGAUAAAAUAUCCACAGAGCAAAUAAAUGACACAAACGAAUGCAAUAAUCAUCAUAAUGUCGAGGAAGAAGAAAAUAUAAAUGUAGAAAAUUUUGAAAGCCUACAAAACGAUGGAAAUGGUGUUAUAGAAUUAGGAUGUGGACUUGGUCAAAUCAGCAAAUAUUUAUUUUGUAAAUAUAAAAAUAUGACAGGUAUAGAAAUCGAUAGUAGAGCAUUAUCUGUAAUUAGUAGAACGAUGCCUGGGUUUGAUUUUAUUCAUGAUGAUGUACUUCAAAUAAAUUAUAAAGAAUUAUCUAUAAAUAAAAAAACAAAAUUAACUAUCAUUGGAAAUCUGCCAUUCUAUAUAACAUCACAAAUUUUGUUUUGUUUAUUAGAUUUUCAUAAAUAUAUAGAACAAGCUAUUGUUACCAUACAAUAUGAAGUAGGAGAAAGAAUUAUAGCUAGACCUAAUCAAAAAAAUUAUUCAAUUCUAAGUAUUUUAUUUAAUUUAUAUACAAAUCCAUAUUUACUUUUUAAAAUACCAAGUAAAGCAUUUUAUCCAUCACCUAAAGUUCAAGCAGCUGUUAUGAAAAUAAUAUUCAAAAAAAAUGAAUCCUAUCAUAAAAAUAUAAAUUGUAAUUUAUUAUUUCUUAAACAAAUUCUUAAAUUCUCAUUUCAACAAAGAAGAAAAAAAUUAAAAACUAGUUUAAAAAAUUUAUUAUUACAAUAUAAUAUACCUCAAUUACCUGAACAAUUCAUAAAUCUAAGACCACAACAAUUAUAUCCUCAUCAAUUUAUUGAACUUACAAAUCUUCUUUUUCCUCUUCAAAAAUAUCCUUUCAAUCCUGACAUACAAACAAAGGUAUGGAGGAAAAAAAAACACGGCGAUUAA